UAACAGCAUCCAGAUCCAGGUGCCGUAUCCGACAGCAGUAUCAGUAUUCCAGCAUCCACCAUAGGUCUCGCGGAGACAGCCGUCCUGGACAUCAUGGCUGCGAAUCUGCAACAGCAGCGCUCCAUAAACUCGCAGCUGCGGCGGGAGGUUGGGAUCGAACGGAUGCCCGUGUCGGAGGCCUGCUCCCUGAUGAUGAAGUACAUGCUGGAGCACGAGGAGGAGGACUGCCUACUGAGCGGCUUCACUCAGAAGGUGAAUCCGUUCCGCGAGAAGAGCUCCUGCAGCAUUUUGUAGGUCUCCAUGGAGACGGACGCUAUCCUAGCAGUAUUAAUCCUUUACAGUAUACUCAAUUGCGAAGUGCGGCUGAUGUUUCAGCCGGCAUACACCGCAUAAACUAUUUGAUGUUCGUUGUAAGUGUGCUGACCUCAAUUAUGUCUAUAAACUGAAUAUAUACAAAUGGAUGGGCGAUUAUUUAUGAAAGUUUAAACAAAAGAAAGCUGAACCGUCUUGAACUUACUCAAAAGCCUGCAUAUGUGCAUAUUAAUAUCGUGUAUUUUGCUAUCCUGUAGCUCUUUAUUGGAGAUAUUAGCAACCGAGCCCCUCCUCUCUAUAUAUUUGUGUAUGUUUCCGAAAAAUAAAAUUAUGUAGCCCGAGAAAUUUCGAGCAGAAUAGCCAAA